AUGGCUCGCCCCAUGGGGUCAGUCCGCUUGAAGAAGGCGAACCCAGUGACCCUCGUCCUCGGUGUCUUCCUGUGCAUUUUCAUCAUCGUCUUCCUUGUCGGGCCUUCCAAGUCCUCCAGGCCAGAGCCCGCAGGCACCGCCUCCCACCAUCUCUCGCCGCCGACCGCACCCUACCGAAAGAAGUCGAAAUCAGACACAAGACCGCCCCCAGUCGUCCGCUACAACCUCAACAAUGUCACGAUUACUCCCGAUCCAAUCACCAACCGCGAGUCUGUCCUCAUCCUCACGCCUAUGUCCCGCUUCUAUCAGGAGUACUGGGAUAACUUGCUGACCCUGAGCUAUCCUCACGAUCUCAUCUCUCUCGGCUUCAUCCUGCCCAAGACCAAGGAGGGCAACGCCGCAACCGCCGCUCUGCAGGAGCAGAUCACCAGGACCCAGGACACCGAGAAAAAGUUCAAGAGCAUCGUCAUCAUGAGGCAGGACUUCGAGCCCGCUAUAGCAUCCCAGGACGAAGCAGAGCGGCACAAGAUGGAGAACCAAAAGGCUAGGCGUGCGGUCAUGUCCAAAGCUCGCAACUCGCUGCUUUUCACCACUCUUGGUCCUCAGACCUCGUGGGUUCUCUGGCUCGAUGCCGACAUUGUCGAGACGCCGCCCAGUCUCAUCCAGGAUCUGGCCGCCCAUGACAAGCCCGUCAUUGUGCCCAAUUGCUUCCAGCGAUACUAUAACGAGGACACCAAGAAGAUGGACGAGCGGCCGUACGACUUCAACAGCUGGCAGGACAGCGAGAUCGCGCAAAAAAUGGCCGAGUCCAUGGGCCGCGAUGACAUUCUGCUUGAGGGUUACAAGGACAUGCCAACGUACCGCGCGUUGAUGGCAUAUCUGGGUACCGACGAAAAGGACAAGAGCGCAGAGAUUCCUCUCGACGGCGUCGGUGGUACGGCGCUGCUGGUCAAGGCCGACGUCCACCGCGAUGGCGCCAUGUUCCCUCCCUUCGCCUUCUACCACCUCAUCGAAACCGAGGGCUUCGCCAAGAUGGCGAAACGCUUAGGUUGGCAACCGUUUGGACUCCCGAAUUACAGGGUUUACCACUACAAUGAGUAA